AUGGCUACAAAGUUAGAGGCGUUUAUAAACGAUCUCAGACUACAAUGUGAAACUAACGAUACAACGAAGUAUGUCAGUAUCGUUCUUUUCUGUGAAAAAGAAACCACUUUGAAGCUGUUCUUCCAGUACAUUGAUGGCAUUGAUACGAAUUCAGAGCCCAAGCUUGCUGUGCUGUCGCCUACACUCUCCCCCGUUGGAUACUAUACCAAGGAAAUUACCACUGAAGAUGGAUGGCAAGUAAUACUUAAUAUCACAUGCAUUCCGCCACCAUGGAAAUCCAGCUCCAUUGAUCUGCUACCAUCGAUACUAAAAAGUGAUCCUGAGAAGAGUUCAAAGCGUUUUGUGCUUUUAUUGGAUUGGAUUAAUGAGGAUCAGUCCUAUUGGUUGGAAGACAUUGAAGGGCUGUUCGUACAACUAAAACAAGUGUCACCAGAAACAAAGGCUGCUGGAUCUGUCAUGAUGUUACACAGUGAUUACUGUAAGCAUCUUGAGAAUACACACACUAAAUGGUCUUCAACUGCUAUCGAUUUCAUGCAUCAAAGUCUAAGAACGUUAGCCCUUCAUCUUAAGAUAAGUCUUUAUUCAGACUUGAAGAACAGCGUGCUUGCCGCUAAAAGUGCAGUCGGAGUACCCUUGUCUACAGAAGAACAGAAAUCACUAAUAGAUAUGGUAAAUCUUGAGAAUGUUAACGUAACUUAUGGCUCUGACUCUUUGAACAAGAUCGCCAUGAUUGAUGAGAAUUUCCCAUUAUCCGUUUAUAAGGACAACUUGUCCACACUAAAACACGAUUUUUCAGAUGUGAUUCCCGAGAUCAAACCAAGGAAUAUGGGAUCAUGUGCUAUCACAGAACCUAUCAAACCGCUUCCUGAUCUACAAUCUCUUAUCCCAGAUGUUCAAGGGCAGUUGUCCCAUUUAUAUGAGUUACAAAGGAAAAAUUCUUCCUUGAAAAGAGUCACCAAUCAACCAGCAGUGGUCCAAGACAUCGGUCAGGAUAAUACAAUGGCUUUAAACGACAUCGCAAGUGAUAAUAACCACUUGCAACAUGUACCCGACGAUGAUUCUGCUCUCGAUUCCCUUGUUCAUGGCAUCGUACAAAGGCAUCAGAUCUCUUAG